AUGACACGCGCACGGCAGACCAUUUCCUUUGCGCUACUUGUCUCAUCUGCCUACCUCCUUCUCGCCCUACCUUUAUUGACAAAUGAUUCGCCAAUACCCUCAAUACUGCCCACCAAACUCCAAGUGGAGAUCAUUCCAGUUCUGCCCAUCUGGGCUAUUGUGAGCCUGGGUGCCUACCUUCUGGGACGGCUUGGUCUUGGGGUUAUACGAUUCAACGACACGGAGGAAGCCUACAAAGAGCUCACGGCACAACUGGGCGCUGCGCGGAAAAGCUUGGAUAACAGAAAAGUCCGGUGGGACUAA